CGGCGUUUUGAUUGAGCCCCUGCACUGAGUUUACACGUCGGCCAUAGCUGUUUGGCGAAAAGAAAGUAAACUUAAUAACUUCAUCUGGAUAGCCUACUUAAUUUAUAUGAGUCGACACUAAAUUAUCGCUUGUCAAUUAAACCAUGUGUAUCUGGAUUUGCGACGUCGCAGAACUGUAACUCUGACUGAGAGUCGAGCUAACAAAGGCAGCAAUGCAGAAAAACAAGCAGUGGAAUGUAAAAGGUGCUAUGCGACUGGCUGGCACAUUUCACUUUCUUCACUCCUGCGCCUCUGGGUGUCUCCUUCCCUUCCUUACCCUCUACUUUCGGCACCUGGGUCUCACGGCCACCAUGACCGGAAUCAUCAUGGCGUCCAGGCACCUGCUCGCCCUCGUGUGGCGACCAAUCUCCAGUGUCCUUGCCAGGCAAUACGACAAACGUCGGGCAGUCGUAAUGGGAUCUCUGUUUAGCUCGGCAUUGGUAGUUUUAAUUAUCUUGCUAUUUCCAUCUGCAGGACUCAAAGCUGAAAGUGGGCGAUGUAACGCAAGUCAGCUCAAUGUCAAGGUUGCAGAAGAUGGGGGGGGAUUUACUACACUGGAAAAUGUACCACAGUUGAAUGCUACCAUGUACUCCGUAAACAAUACAAAUGUUGUGACUGAACCGUCUAAUGAUGCUGAUAUCACUGAAUAUACUCCUACGCCUGUAAGCUCGAACUUCACGCGGUCGGUCAGAAAAGUUCGAUCUUUGCAGGAAGAACAUGCACAUUCGGAGUUUUUGGGGAGCCUUAAAGUUAUGGAUGCUCAGCAUCAGAUGUUCUUUUUGGUUCUCAUCGUGACUGGAUUUUGGGAGUUCACGGCUGUUCCAUUAGAGUGGACCGCUGAUGACGGAUUAUACGAAUACUUGGAUUUUGUUGAUGCAACUGACCGUCACAGAAGCGCUAAGAUUUGGAAACAACUUGGGGCAGCUUUUGGCAAUGGUGGUGUUGGUAUUCUUGUAACCGGCCUGUACUGUCUCACCGGGACAACGGCAGAGUUUUAUUCUUAUGCCAUACUCAUGAUACUGACUGUACCUUCAGCUGCCCUACUGCCUUUGUACCUCCGCAAGCGUGAGCGCCGCACUAGUGGUGGCUUUAAAGCACUACAGCUGGUACAUGGAAACUCACAAGCAUUACUAUGCGCUGUAACUGUCGUCCUCACUGGCAUGGCAAGCUCAGUCGUGUCAGACUUCUUAUUGUGGCAAAUGCAGGAUCAUAAUGCAACGGAGACCCACAUGGGCAUCUCCUUGGCCCUUGCACACUUUAGUCAGGUUGGCUUCGUGCCACUAGCUGGGCGUCUGGUACGCUUUCUGAAGUAUCAUGGUUGGUUACAGGUUCUGGCUGUCAUGACUCUGUCACUGCAGUGUCUUUAUUAUUCUUUCUUGUGGGGACCGUGGGCUGUAAUACCUGCUCAGUUACUCGCUGGCUUUAGCACCGGUGCCAUGUGGUGGUCGGUAGAAUCACAAUGCGAGGACAUUGCAACUCCUGGAACGGAAAAGACCGUGUUCAGGGUGUUUGAGCUUCUAUCACUGGAGCUGGGGGCGGGGAUUGGCAGUCUGAUGGCAGGGUUUGUGGUGCAGAAGUUUGGGCUCAAUGUUUUGUUCCAAGGAACCGCAUUAAUCCUGGUUUUGUGGGGUAUUGCUCUCGCUCUACUAAAGUGGAAAAUUCCACGGCAGCGCAGGAUAAACUACUCGCGCUUGCUUGCAGCCGACAUGACCGAGAUGAGCGAAUCCGAUUCGGACCAGGAGAAGGACUGGCUUGAGACGGCCAUGGACGAUUCCAGACAGAAAACAAGUGGACAAUGGACAAGCCUUAAAUAAAGUGUCUGGCUUACUUCCGUUAUGAGAGUGUUGGAUGUCUACAGAAGGCGGAUUAAAAGAACUUGACACCAA